AUGCAUGCAUCAUUAAAUGGAGAUUUUCAGGGAGAGUUGCAAGAAACUGAAUCAGAUUUGGAGAAUCUAUUUUUCUAUGAAUUUCAAGGUAUGAAGAACCAAGAGAGCAUAAUGGAAGCUCCAUUUAAUGUAGAAAAGAUCACUGCCGAUGAUAUCAAUAUAGAUGGUAUGAAGGGUAUUGAGGAUAUUGUAAACACCUCAUUGAUAUACUCACUACUUUUACUCAAAGUAAUAAUAUGCAACUAG